GCGCUUCCGCCUUGCGCGAGGCCGCGCGGGGCCGCUCGGCGGCGCCCGGCGCAGUGAGGAACCCGCGCCGCAGCCACUGGCCGCGCGGCCGGAUGAGGGGGGCCAUGGAGCUGGACGGCGAGCAGCUGCUGCUGGAGGCCCGCGAGAAUGUGGAGGCGGCGCAGAGCUACCGGCGGGAGCUGGGUCUGCGGCUGCAGGGGCUGCGGGAGGCGCAGAGGCAGAUCAAAGAGAGUGCAUCACAGACGAGAGAUGUCCUCAAACAACAUUUUAUGGAUUUAAAGGGAACCCUUGGGAAACUCCUGGAUGAGCGGCUGGUGACCUUGUUGCAAGAGGUGGAUGCCAUCGAACAGGAGACCAUGAAGCCGCUGGAAGACUGCCAGAAGCUCAUCGAGCAUGGUGUGACUGCUGCGGAGGACUUGGUGAAAGAAGGUGAGGUCGCCAUCCUAGGUGGUGUGGGUGAGCAGAAUGAGAAACUGUGGAGCUUUACCAAGAAGGCCGCGCACAUCCAGCUGGACAGCUUACCCGAAGUGCCUUUACUGGUUGAUGUGCCUUGUUUAUCUGCUCAGUUGGAUGAUUCAAUUCUUAACAUAGUGAAAGACCACAUUUUUAAGCAUGGAACAGUAGCAUCGCGCCCACCAGUCCAAAUAGAAGAACUCAUUGAGAAACCUGGAGGCAUCAUAGUGCGCUGGUGUAAGGUGGAUGAUGACUUCACGGCCCAGGAUUACAGGCUUCAGUUCCGUAAAUGUUCCUCGAAUCAUUUUGAGGACGUGUAUGUGGGUUCUGAAACCGAGUUCAUAGUGUUGCACAUAGACCCCAACGUCGAUUACCAGUUCCGAGUCUGUGCCCGAGGAGAUGGCCGCCAGGAGUGGAGUCCUUGGAGUGUCCCUCAGACCGGCCAUUCUACGCUCGUGCCUCAUGAGUGGACAGCUGGCUUUGAGGGGUACAGUCUGAGCAGUCGAAGAAAUAUAGCCCUCCGGAACGAUUCGGAGUCCUCCGGGGUCCUCUACUCCAGCGCACCGACGUACUUCUGUGGGCAGACGUUAACGUUCAGGGUAGAAACUGUAGGCCAGCCCGACAGGAGAGACAGCCUGGGCGUGUGCGCGGAGAAGCAGAACGGGUGCGAGUCUCUGCAGCGGGACCAGGCCGUGUGUGUGAGCACCAACGGUGCAGUUUUUGUCAACGGGAAAGAAAUGACGAAUCAGUUGCCUGCAGUCACUUCGGGAUCCACCGUCACGUUUGACAUAGAAGCCAUGACUCUCGGGACGACCGGUAACAGCGAAGGGGGAAACUUCAAGCUUCGAGUUACUAUUAGCUCCAACAACCGAGAAGUGGUUUUUGAUUGGUCACUUGACCAGUCCUGUGGCUCGCUUUACUUCGGAUGCUCAUUUUUCUAUCCUGGGUGGAAAGUGGUCGUGUUUUAGGGGUCCAGACGCUUGUCUUAGGUUGGCGGUUUUACUGUAGUGACCCUUAUUUUUGGUUGUGAUGGAUUAAAAAAAAAAAGUUUAAUUUAUCCCUGAGGUCAUUGGGAAUGGACAGUGUUUCCUGGAGUCGUUUGAUCAUAUUUUAGCAAUAAGAGAGUUGAAUGGUGACCAAACUAUAAUUCAAUUACUUUUGCUUUGGGCACACUGCUAAUUGAAGUAUCCCACCACACAAAAAAAUCUAGUCAAUUUUUCAAGUAUAGCAAGGUACAGAAAGCCCUGUGCUCUCUCAUUGUAUUUCUUCCCAGAGUUGGUUAUUAGAAAAAUGUAGUAUAACAUUAUUAUGAAAUAUCCGUGUGGGGUCCAAGGCUCUGUUAGGCUUUUAAACAAUGGGAGUGGACCAGAGAGGGGCCAGCAGCCAGGUGCCCUGUGCAGGAGCUGGCUGCGUGCCCGAUGUACGCAGUAUUGUUUUUGUUCCACGUACAGUGAUCUUUUAUGUCCCAAAAGCAAUAGAAAGGUUUUUUUGUUUUAUUGUUUAGUUUAAGUUGCUGGAGUAAAUGUCUGAAAUAGACAAGUAUUAUCUCCUGUAGUUCCUUCCUUGUCCUUGGAUUCAAGUUAGCCCAAGGACCUUUUCAGGCCUUCCCCCGGGUCGCCUGGAGCAGUGUUAGCAUGUCGCACAC